CUGUUGGCCUCUGAAGGGAUCGAGCCAGUUCAGGCCAGCCUGCUGCUCUUUCUCUCCUUCUCUCCUUUUCUUUCUCCCUCUCACUCUCUCUUCCUGUCCUGUCUGUUUAAGGAGAGCAAGAUUUUGGGGAAAUUCCUUCAAGCUACUUUACUUCAGGUUUCUGUGGGAUUUAAACAUGCACACUGAGACUUUGGUACAGUCCAUGUUAGUGCCGUUGUUUCUGAUCCUGCUCUCUGCCGUUGAGGACACUUUGUUACAGUCGGUGAGCCGGGUGGGUGGUGUGUGCAAGCUGUCCACGGAGUCGUCCCUGCGUCGCUGCCGGACGCCGGAUGGCAAGAUCUGCAGUGGGAGGGGCAAAUGCGACUGUGGCAUCUGCAUCUGCGAGGCCACGGAACCCGGGAAGUUCUACGGGCCACGCUGCGAGUGCCACGACUGGGUCUGUGGAACAUAUAAUGGAAAAACUUGCAACGACCGAGGCUACUGUGACUGUGGGAUGUGUGAGUGUGACGAAGGCUGGUUCGGAGACGCCUGCCAGUUCCAGGAGGAGUGUAACCUACCCAACAAGAAGAGCAAAGAGCUCUGCAAGAACCAACAGGGGGUGGUCUGCUCCAGCAGAGGAACCUGCCACUGUGGUAGCUGCAUGUGUGAGAAUAGUGACGGUAGAGGCUUGGUGACGGGACGUUUCUGUGAGUGCGACGACAGCGAGUGUCUGGACGAGGACACCGGAGAGGUCUGUGGAGGCCAUGGCCAGUGUUACUGUGGAAACUGUUACUGUGCUGCUGGUUGGCAUGGAGACAAAUGUGAGUUCCAGUGUGACAUCAGCCCAUGGGAAAGCAAGCGGAGAUGCACAUCUCCAGAUGGCAAAAUCUGCAGCAACAGAGGGACCUGUGUGUGUGGGGAGUGUAACUGCUAUGAUGUGGAUCCCUCUGGAGACUGGGGAGAUAUUCAUGGAGACACCUGCGAGUGCGACGAGAGGAACUGUCACGCAACAUACGACCGAUACACAGAUGACUUCUGCUCAGGUCAUGGCCAGUGUAACUGUGGCCGCUGCGAUUGCAAGGAAGGAUGGGCAGGGAAGAAGUGUGAGCAUCCGCUGUCCUGCUCCUUGUCUUUGGACAGCAGCCUGAAGAAGUGCAGAGGAACAUCCAAUUUGCCCUGCUUCGGACGAGGUCAGUGCCAGUGUGGACAGUGUACUUGCCACCCACCUGGGGACAGUCGUGUUCACGGCAAAAACUGCGAGUGUGACGACCGUCAGUGUGGGGACAUCAAUGGAGAGGUUUGUGGAGGUCACGGUUACUGUUCAUGUGGACGCUGCAUCUGUGAGGUGGGCUGGUUCGGGAAGCUCUGUCAGUUCCCCAGGUCCUGCCACAUGAGCGACGCCCAGAGCAAGGAGCUUUGCGAGACCUCCGACGGAGUCAUGUGCAGCGGAAAAGGUUCCUGCCACUGUGGCCAGUGUAUCUGCUCACCCCAGGAUUGGUGGGUGUCUGGAGAGUACUGUGAGUGUGAUGACCGAGAGUGUGAUAAACAUGACGGCCUCAUCUGCACAGGGAAUGGCCUGUGCAAUUGCGGCAACUGCGAGUGUUGGGACGGCUGGACGGGGAACGCUUGCGAAAUCUGGGUGGGAGCGGAGUACUGAAGAGAAACAGGACACUGGGGCUUCAGAGACUAGAGUGACCAAGAGCAUCACCACCUGCCACCAGUCACGAACAAGCUGGUAAAAGAAACACCACAGAUUUGAAAGCACCGGAGGAAAGAGAAGACUAAACCUGGAUGUAAUUCUGCAUAUCACUAACAGUAUUCGUUGUUUUAUUGUACCGGUUACAAAUGAUCCUUAUUAAAACUGGAUUAGGUGAUAAGAAUCAACCAUACUUUUCUGUUUUAAACAUAUUAUAUAUAAAAACAGCUGUAUGUAUUUUUUUUUUACCCCCAUACUGUAGGAAUGCUUACGGCUAAAACUAAUAGGAUGCAGGUACAAUCCAAAUGCUGGAAAGAAGAAAACACGUAUUAUUAACAUUUUUUGGAAUAUGUAUGAUUCAGAGGGAAGACGUAGGCCUGCUUUUACCAAGUGGUGUUCGUUCCCAAAGUUUCUGAAAGUUUACUCAAGGCAGAGGCUGCUCUUUGAGGUUUUUAUUUCUUUUUUUAAUAAUAAAACAUUAAAUGUGCCGCAUGACAACAUUUUGCAUGGAAAACAAUGCGAAGACCUUAAUCAUACAUGGUUACAAAUUUGUUAUAACAUGACAUAACUCCAAUGGGCAUACUUGCAAUGGUAUAUAUAUAUUUUUUGAAAAUAAAUCCAUUUUUAAUAGUG